AUGAGUAAAAACAAUUCUAUAAAUUCUCCUAUGCGCAAAAGCCCUAGAUUUUUGGGGCCCCCAACAAGCCCGAAAGUAGGGCCAAUUCCAAACUUCAAUUUACUCACUCAAACCCCGGUAAAAAAAGGAGGAAGGGAAAAGCAAGAUUCUGAUGAUGAAGGAUUAUUCCAAAACCCAUUACAAAAUGAAAUUAGGACGAAAAUUCUGAACGAUCUGUGUAAUGUUGGUCCCACUAUUUUUGAAAUCAAAUCAACCCCCCGGAAUGAUUCCAAAAGGAAGCGAAAAGAAACGUCAACUAGUAAGUCAAAAAAAGUCACUGACGACUCUAAUUUCGAAGAAGAAAUUGAGCAUCCUGAAGCCAAAAAAAGUAAGGUUGAGAAAGGUGGUGCAGUAAAGAAGACGAAAGUCGAGAAAGGUGAAACAUCAAAGAAGAAGAAAGUCAAGAAAGGUGAAACAUCAAAGAGGAAGAAAGUCGAGAAAUGUGAAACAUCAAAGAGGAAGAAAGUCGAGAAAUGUGAAACAUCAAAGAGGAAGAAAGUCGAGAAAGGUGAAACAUCAAAGAGGAAGAAAAACAACCCGACAAAGAAGACACAGACUCAUUGGUGCUCUUACACCAACGUGGAAGCCCCACUUGAAGUUAAGGACCGCCUUAACGACGCGCAAUUGAAGCUGUUUAGGGAGUCCCCUUUUGGGUUAUUUCUGGAUUUGCCAAAGCUGAAUGUUCAGCCACAGCUAAUUCGAUGCCUGAUGUAUGCCGAGACAGAGCAUGAUAGGCAUGAUAUGUUUAUCAUCAAUUUGAAUGGGAAAGAGCUUCAUUUCGGCAUUAGAGAGUUUGCCAUCGUGACUGGUUUAAAAUGUGGCAUGGACAGCGAAUUUGUCUCGGACCCCGAUUCCCCCAACAGACUGAUGGAUAUGUACUUUAACGGACUAACCAAAGUGCCGAAAAAUGAUUUGAUUGAGCUUUUUCAUGACAAAAAAAGGAAAUUGGGGAUGUUGAUGCUUUUAAGAUAG